AUGUCUGCUACUACUACUACUACUCAACAAGCUCAAUUGCAAUUGAGCUCUGGUGCUAUUAACCAUGCUUUGUCAGAAGUUGUCAAGACCGAUGAUUGGUCUGAUUUUAAAUUCACACCAAUUAGAGAAUCUACUGUUUCAAGAGCUAUGACUUCUCGUUAUUUCCAAGACUUGGACAAGUAUGCUGUCUCUGAUGUUGUCAUCGUUGGUGCUGGUUCUUCUGGUUUGUCUGCUGCCUAUGUCAUUGCUAAGAACAGACCAGAUUUGAAAAUUGCUAUCUUGGAAGCUAAUGUCGCUCCAGGUGGUGGUGCUUGGUUAGGUGGUCAAUUGUUCAGUGCUAUGAUCAUGAGAAAGCCAGCUCAUUUAUUCUUGGAAGAAGUCGGUGUUCCAUUCGAAGAUGAAGGUGACUACGUCGUUGUUAAGCAUGCUGCUUUGUUCACUUCAACUGUCUUAUCCAAGGUUUUGGAAUUUCCAAAUGUUAAAUUAUUUAACGCUACUGCCGUAGAAGAUUUGGUCACUAGACCAGCUGGCGAUGGUACUGAGGCCGUCACCGUUGCUGGUGUCGUUACUAACUGGACUUUGGUCACCAUGGCUCAUGACUUACAAAGUUGUAUGGAUCCAAACGUCAUUGAACUAUCUGGUUACAAGAACGAUGGUACCCGUGAUGCUAGCAAGAAGCACGGUGUCAUCUUGUCCACUACUGGUCAUGACGGUCCAUUUGGUGCUUUCUCUGCUAAGAGAAUUGUUUCUAUUGACAAGAACAACAAAUUGGCUGGUAUGAAAGGUUUAGAUAUGAACAACGCUGAAGCUGGUGUUGUUAAGAAUUCUGGUUCUUAUGCUGGUGUCCAAUCUAUGUACUUCGCCGGUAUGGAAGUUGCUGAACUAUCUGGUUGUAACAGAAUGGGUCCAACUUUUGGUGCUAUGGCUGUUUCCGGUAUUAAGGCAGCUGAAGAAAUUUUGAAGCAUUUCGCUGAAUAA